AUGGAGCCAGUUCGUAAAAUAGUACACCCUAGGACAUCAGGUCCAGUGGACUUGUCUCUGAUAUUAAAUGCUGCUGUGAAUAUGAAGGUUAAACUGCAGCUUGUACAAAAGAUAUCUGAAAGUAUUGAGGAAUGUUGCCGAACACAAAUUUACUUUGAUAAUAUGCUUUUUGUUUUACUUAAACUGUUAAACUCGACUGAACCAGUUUUUAGCCCAGACAAUGAUGUAUUUAAAUUAAGAAAGGUUAUACUUCAAAUAAUUAAUAAAGUCCUCCCUAGACACGAACAAUUAAAAAUUCAUCUUCAUAGCAUCUUUAAGUCGUGCAUACAAGUUGUUGAAACUGAUAAUGAACAGAGUGUCCUUUGUGGUGUAUUGAUCCUUAAGGAUUUGAUAAAUUCUUUUAAACCAAAAUACGAUUGUGUUUUAAAAGCAGAGGUUUAUAGAUUGUUAAUGCUUAUUAAGGAUAUAUAUAACAAUUCUAGUAGUUUAGAGAAAAUUUUCAAUUUUCAAAAAACUUCCGAUUUAAAAGUAUUAAUCACUACUAUUCGUUUAACUACAACUGUCACAAGAAACUCUGUUAAUUAUGUCUUUGUUCCAAUGGGAAAAGUAUCAUUUAAAGUUUUAAAGGAACUUGCGUUGCUAUUGAAAACAUAUUAUACAUUUUAUAGUGAAGUUCCAGCUUUUAAGAAGGACAUUUUAGAAUUGAUACCAGUACUCAUGAGCUUUUUUAAUUUGGAUAUUCCCUAUAAACCAGACCACAGAGAUUUAGUAUUAGAUUUAAAACAUGCUCAAGUGAGAUUAUUGUUUUUUUUUUCACCAUUUGUAAAAGGUAUUAAGGAUGGAGUUCGUAUACAUUGUCCUACAUUGCCUGGUAGAAUUAUAAGUUUAAUGAACUGUAAUGUAGCAUCAGAUAUUAGUAACAUUCGUUCAGAAUUGCUUUCUGGGUUUGAAAGUGUUGUACUUAAUGAUUAUAAACAUGAAUUUUUACCUUACAUGGAUAAAUUUUUAGAUGAGACUUUAAUCACUGGAAGAAGUUGGUCAUCAAAAUCUUCAUUAAGACCUAAAGCUUAUAUUUAUAUUGAUCAUCUUAUCACACAUUUACACAGUCAAUUAUCAUUGAAUUUUCUAGUUCGUGUAAUUCAUUUACAUUUUUCUAAUUUACUAGAUCCUACUCUACAACCUGAAUUUCAAAUAAAUUUGUGUAACAUGGUCAUGAAUGUAUUAAGUUACAUUGUUCAACGACAAAAUCAGUCGAUUACAAACUUAAAUUUAAUUGAAAAAGAUAAGAGUCCUUUAAUAGAUUUAUUUUAUCGAGUAUUUCAAAUUUUUGUUUUAAAGUUGAAGCAGUUUCAAAAGUUUUAUUUACCACAAUUAAAUGAGAUUAGCAUUUCUAAAGAGAAUGUUAAUGAAACCAUUUCAUCUAUUUUGGCAGAAAAACAAUCAAAAGAAAAAAUGGAGUUUAAGUAUGGUUAUCAUCCAUCACAAAUAGCUCCUUAUUCUUUGGCAGAUUCUAAACGAUUUAUAAAAAUAAUUUUUCCAGCAAUUAGAACAGUUUUCCAAUUUAUUGUUAAAAUUGAAGGAGAAAAAUUUUCAAUUCACCGUCAUUACAAGAAAACAUUUAAUCAUUUCUUAAAUCAUUCAUUAUUGUCAUUAAAAAUUUUUGAUUGCUCAUUGCAAAAAAAAGAAAUGGUCAAAGAAAUACUUAAUGCUCUUUCGUGUAUCAGUCCAAAUCAUCUAAUGACAUUGAUCACAGGGGAUCAUUUAGUUAAACAGAUUUAUGCUAAUAAUCUAGAAAUAUUAGUCUUCGAAAUGGCACUGAAGGAUGAAGUUCUAGUUUCUAUUUUUAGCAGCUUAAUAUUUGAUUAUAUAUUAAACAAUCUAUUUGAUGAAAAUGAAAAAUCACGUAUAUCUGACUUGAUUGAUAAGAUUCAGCUAAAUGUCAAACUAAAUCAUAGUGAUGAUAAACAUGAUGAAUACGUUUAUAAAAUUAUUCAAGCAUUGAAGAAUAGUCUACAAGAUACAAAACAUCCUGUCUUUUUUAUUGGAAUAUUGAAAACAAUGCUAAUUAUUGUCGAAAUAGCAAGUUAUGAAUUUGGAGAAAAUAUGUAUUCAGUAAUUAGAUGUCUAUUUGACGAUUUACUUUCAUACCACAAAAGUUUAACAAGUGAUUUGGUUGAAACAAAAGUUGCGCUUGCAGAGUUAUGUUUGACUGAGUGUAUGUUUAAAGUGGUUCUUCAUUCUCAUAUAAUGGAUCUAUUGUCAGUAAUUGCUUAUUCAUUACAAAUACCUAAGCUAACUCCACAAGGCCUUGGUAUGUUAGAAAAGUGUUUAGAUAUCUUGCCAGUUCAGUUUUUAGAUACGCCUAUUCUUCCUGUUCGAAAUGAAAUCAUGAAAGGAUUAUGUGAUUGUAUACAAAGUCCAUAUGAAUCUAUUUCACUGCCAGCUGUUAGUUUACUUGGAAAGUUUGGAGGUCUCAAUCGAAGUUCAGUUAUGAAUAUAGACCAACUUAAAGCUCAAGAACAAUUUCAUAAAGUUAAUUCUAAGAAACCUAAAAUAUAUGUUACGUUUGAUGACUACGAUAAUACUGAAUUGGAAAUGGAUGUUGCACCUGGUGUGCAUACUGCUGUCCAAAUAUUAAUCUUGGACAAUGAUAGAUUCAAUAGAUUACAAAGUUGGAAUGUUAUAAGAGGUUAUCUAGUGAUAUCAAUGGAAUAUGAUUCUAAUAGAGUUUUACAAUUACUGUCAAAUAUCAAAUUGGAAGCAUUGAUAAAAAAGUUUGCAGAUAAUGAGUUACAAUAUACUAAUACUAUUACUGAUGAAACAUAUAUUAAAGCAUUAACUGGUUUAAUGAUUUGCUGUGACGAUGAAUAUUUGAAAGGGGACGCUUUACAAUUUUUUAACGAAUUCUUCAAAAGAAUUAUAUAUAUUUCCAUAUGCCACUUUAGCGAUAUUUCGUAUGGAUACAUUUUAGAAGUUAACCCUUAUAUUAUAGCUGAUGCUAUUUGUGCAGUAUUAUCAAAUGAAAAAGAAAAUAUUUUUCAUUUUGGUGUAAAAGCUACAGAAUUUAUCUUAAGAGAAUCGCGCAAUAUCCUAGGAGAUAAUGUGGUGUAUUUUCCUUUUAUUACUUACAUGUUCAGGCAAUUUUGUGAACUUUGCUAUGAUUUAAGUUGGAUUCAAAAACGCGGAGGUUGCUUGGGACUACAAACUUUGUUUUCAAAUUUACUAAAAGAAGAUACUGAGGCUAACGAUUAUUCCAAUUGGUUUAUUAAACAUUUUAAUAAUACAUUUAGAGCCACGCUGUUCAUAUUUUUCGAUUAUAACACACAUUUGACAUUUGGUACUCUAACAAUUGCCAAAAGUAAUUUAGAAAACAUGCUAAACUGGCUUUACUGGGUUAAACCAAAUAAUCCAUCACAUGAUUUGAUACAGGACACUAUUUUAAUGGAGAUUACUGAUUACAUAACUGGCCCAAACGAUUUGAUCAGAGAACAGUCCAUAAAAAUUAUUAAUUUAAUGGCAAAACAACAACAAAAAACGGUUUCGGAUAUUUUAAAGCCAUACCAUAAGCAAAUUCAACUAGCAAUUCCGGGAAAUCGACUAUUUGAUACUUAUACAUUUAAAUCUCAAAUUGGUAUGAUGAAAGGGCACAUAUUUUGUGCAUUGCAUUCUAUUCCUACUGAACAAUUUGACAUUUUAAAUAAAAUAAAUUUAUUUUAUUUCAAUAUAAUCAAUAUUGUAUGCAAAGGUGAUAAUAAAGAAAUUAGUUCAAUAAAGAUGUUGAAAUGUUUAACAUCUACUCAGUUAUUUGAAUUUCGUCAAACAGCCAUGGAAGUUUUAGUACACUGUUCAAGUUUUAUGGAAAAUUCAGAUAAUAUUUUAAUAUUUGAAAUAUUUUUAAACGCAUUAAUGAGUUCUGAUAUUAAAAUGCAAGAAAUAGUGUACCAAUGUUUAAAAUCUCGUAGUAUAAAUCUGAUCAUAGAAUUAAAAAUGGUGGAUAAAUUAUUAUUAUAUUAUAAUGAUCUGUUUCAAGACCCAGAAAUGGUUACAUUAAUAAAUAUCAAUUACAUUUUUUAUGUAACAAAAUUAUUUCCAUCUGGUCCAAAUCAGAUGUUUUGUACAACUUUAUUAAAUUCAUUUCAAUAUUUAUGGAAUAAUCAGAAACUUUGUAAUCAUAGAACAACCAUGUAUGAACUUGAACUUAGUUUAGAGAAAAUUUUACAAAUAAUUAGUCAAAUAACAGAAACACAUUUUUUCCAUAUUAAAGAAAUUUGUGAAUUUAUUUUGAAUCAAAAUACUUUAAAUGUUGAGUUGUGUAAUAGAUUAUAUCCAUAUUUGACUGAAUGUUUGAUGAAGUUUCCAGUAGACUGUGUACAAUUAUUUUUUUUAGAACAAAAUAUCAAGAACUCAACUUGGACUUUAUUUUUUAAUUCAAUGAUACGGAAUAACAAAUGUGAAAUUCUCAGAAAUGUGUUGACAUGUGACUGUACGCACCUUGAAACUUUAUUGUCAGCUUCAAGAAUUGACCCAUCAAGAACUAUUCAAUAUGAAAGUAUUCAAAUAAUUUAUAAUUUGGUACAAACGGCAAAAAAAUGGAUUUUUAGUUCAAAAAAAAUUAUAAGCAUAAUACUAAAUAUUUGGACCAGUCCUCAGUACAAAGAGCGUUAUAAAAAUUUAGCUGCUAUUAAAUCAACAGAAUGGAAUGAACCCAAAAUGCUAUUAAAAAUUGUACUGGCAUAUUAUCGAGAUAACAAUGAUGAAGUAUUUAUACUCUUUCAAAUACUUCCUGUGUUUUCAAAUCGAUUCCCUAUAGAUAUAAAUUUUUUCAGAAGAUUUUUAGAAAAUGAAAUAAUACAAUCAAGUAGCAUACAAUGGAAACGAAUGGUCUUUUUUAAAUUUAUUGAAUUGUAUCAAAAAAGAACUGCAAAUACUGAUAUUUUAGGAAAAAUACUUCAAUAUAUAAUACUACCAUGUUUUUCAAUGUGUUAUAAGAAAGGGGAAAAACAACAACUAUUAUGUACAUUAGGUAAAAUUGAUGAAAAUAUAAUUGGAGUUGUUUUAAAUAAAAUUUUUAACAAUAUUCGAGUUGUAUUGAGUGGAUGUGAUUUUGAUGGAAUUAAGGUAUUCUUAUGCCAACUUAUUUGUCUGUUAAUUGAUGAUUUACUGUGUUUCAAUGACAGUAUUUGUGACUUGAUAUAUAAUUCCAUAAUAUCUUGCACAUGGUUUAAAUGUACAAUGGAUAUAAAUGUUAAAUAUCACUGCUAUUUGAUCUUAACAUACAUAAUGUUAUCUGAAAAUCCUCCAAAAAGAGAAAAACUUAAUCAAAUGAUACAUUAUGAGCUUUUAAAAGCUAGCUUUAGUGAAGCUUUACCAGUAAUAAAUUACUCAUUAAACUUGAUAGUUUCUGCUAUCUGUAAAAAAAAUGGUAAUGUACAAGGUUUAGUUGCAUGUAUUAAGAAGAUAUUGUUCAAUGAAUCACAAAAUGUGCCAAUUCUACAUCAUAUUUGUCUAUUUGUAAUUAAGUAUAAUACAUUGUUUUUCCCUUUCAAAGAGUUUUUGAUUAAUAAUAUCAUAAAAGCUUUAUUUCCAAUUGCUAAAACUAACAAUAUACCUGAUUUUAAAACUACAGCAAUAGAAUUGGCAUGUUUGAUAAUAAGCUGGGAACUUUCGGAUAGCCCUUCAAAUUCGACAUUAAUACUGCCUCUCAAACGUUCAAUUGAUGAUGCAAAAUCUAAAGUAGAGAAUAAUAACUCGCAGCCACAAAAAAAGAAAUCAUCUCAAUGUAUUGAAAACUGUUUGAACUUUUUGGCAAUGGUUGGGUGCCAGACACAUGAUGAUAAACCGGAAAGCUUGAUAAGUAAACUAGCAAUACGCAGUAGAAAGUUAUUUAAAAAUAUAUUGAACACUGAACCCAUCGAUACUACGCAACUACAAUUAAAAUUUGGAUGGUUUGAAAAACUUUGUGACUCGUUUUUGAAAAAAGAACAACUUUUUAAACAAAACCCAAAAUCUAUUCAUGGUAACUCUUCUGCAAGUUUAAUGAAUUUGUUAGCAGCGUUUGAGACUAUAUCAUUCUUGCUAAGUGUUUUACCACAACAAACAAUGAUAGAAGCUAUAAAACCUGUUGAAGAUCAUCUUAUCAAAUUUCUUCAGUUUGCAUUUAUUGAAGGACCUACUUUAAGCAAUCCUCAUAAUCAUAGAGAUAUUAUAGUAACUAAUCGACAUCUUACUGUACUACAAGUCAAACAAGUUAACGAAGGAACAUUAAAAUUCAUUGCUGAUAUUUUAAAAACAUUUUCAUCAAAUGAAGGAUUAGAAAAGCUGCACUUAUACAUACAAACGAUAAUUUCAGACGGUUUGAUAAGUAAUUGUUCAAACAAAUUAGAAAUCAGUUUGACGUUAUUAAGCGUUUCAUUAAUACAUUUUCCAAAUUAUAUGAAUAACGAAUUACUUAAUACUAUGGGAGAUAUAAUGUUUAAAUUCAAUGAAAAUAACAGAAAUCCAAAUGUUAAGGUAUUAUGUUUAGAAAUACUAAAAACUCAUGUUGAUACAUUGCCACGUGUUGGUAAACAAGUAUUUAUUGAGAAAGUAGUAAUAGAAAAUUUGGAUAGAGCGAGAGAUUUUGAAAACAAUAUACCGUUUGAAGUGCAACUAAAAUGUUUUGAACUUGUCAUUACUUAUAUAAAAGAUAUAUCUGAAGCUGCUGAAGGAGUAUUAUUAAAUUCAACACUUCUAGAAUAUAUAAAAACCACAACUGAUGAACGAAUAAUGAUAAUAAUUUUAAACGUAAUCACUAAAUGGAUUGAGAUUUGUAGGGAUGAGGCUGUAUUUUUUAAUUGUCAAGUUAUUAAAAUUUUAAAAUCUGUCACUUAUAUCAACCGGUUUCCAAAGUUAACCGAUUAUUGUUAUAAAUUGAACCUUGAAAUUUUCAGAAAUUGGUAUUUUACGGAAUGUAUAGAAUAUGGUAUCAGUUGCAAAUCUUCAUCAAUAAGAUAUGAGUUUUUAAAUUUUUAUGAUACAUUAUGGCGUGACGGUGGAUUAUGCAUAAGAUUGUAUACGUUAAUGUCUAAUGAAUUAAGUUAUAAUUUAGACGCUCCAAUUGCAUUCUAUGUUCAACUGUUAUUGAUAAAGAUAUCCAGAAAUACUAAACUCCAAGGAGAUUUUCCAUUAUUAUUCAUAAAGAAUAGUGAUACAAUUGGGGCCAUUUCAACAACUAGUAGUUUUCUAAUAUCAUAUCAAGUACAAAAUAUUUCUGCGUUUGAUAUGUGUUUCUCUUUAGCACAGUUGUGUUUUUAUGAUGAGGACUUAGCUAAAUACUUAUGGAUAUCAUUACUUCCCAAUGUUUGGAGUUUGUUUAAUGAUGAUCAACGAAAUUUACUAUCAACAAGGGCAAUGAAUUUUUUAGCAAAAAGUAAAUUAAGAAAUAAUUUUAUGACAGCGUUUUAUGAAGCUAUUAUUCUUUGUAAACCACAUUUAAAUUUCAAACCUUAUCAAAUGGUAUAUAUUGGAAAAACUUAUAAUUUAUGGUAUUUAGUCAUUGAUCAAAUGGAAAAUAUUAUUAGUUACUAUGUACACGAUAAACAUGAUGAAGCUGUUGAAGGACUGAUUCAGAUAUAUUCUCUAUUGCGGGAUGAAGAUGUUCUAGAAAGCCUUUUUCAAAAUACUAUAAAAUGUGAAGAUACUAAAAAAGCAUUAUCUCUUGAGCAACAAGGAUACAUUAAAGAAGCUUCACAAAUGUACAAAGAAUUAUUAGAUCAAGAAAUAAAUGGAACAGCAAUUUACCAAAAUAAUUCUUAUAAUAAAGAUACCAUGUUUAGAAAGAUUCGCUUAACUAAAUGCCUAAGGGAGUUGAACGAGUGGAGUUAUUUAACUGAAAAUAUAUUAGAAGAUGAUAACUUUUUGUUAAAUAUUGAAAAUAGGUGGAAAAACUCAAUUGAAAAGUCUACUUGUGAUGAUUUAAGGUGGUAUUUGGAAAAUAAACAAAAUAUUUGGCCAUCUAAAUUAGUUUGGAAGUAUCAUUUUUAUUUGGGAAUGUUAAGAUUAAAAGAAUUAGAUCAACAAGUUAUGUUCACUGUCCAGGAACAUAUUGAUCUUGCUUCCACAGAAAUUAUAGAAGAAUGGAAAAUAUUGCCAAAGUAUUUAUGUAAUGCUCAUAUCCCUUUACUUCAAGCCACCCAACUGAUAGUUGAAUUACGAGAAGCACUUAAUGUUCAAAACAGUUGGUCUCAUUCACCAGAAAAUAUCAAUAAUAUUGAUACAUUAAUUCAGAUUUGGCAUAACAGAAAUCCGUGGAUUGGAGAUAGUUUAAAUGUAUGGAGUGAUUUGAUUUCAUGGAGACAAACAUAUUAUUCAUUUUUGAAUCAACGCAAUUUAAAUUUAAAAACGCAUUUCAUAAAAUCUGCUCAGGAUAAAUCAAAAUUGCUUUUUGGAGAGAUAGCAUUAAAGCAUAACAUGACUGAUGUAUCGAUUAAUAUUUUAAACAAUAUUAAUCUUAGUAAUAUUUCAAUAUCUAAUUGGUUGCAUAAAAUGAACUUGGAGGUGAAAUGUAAACAUGCAAAGGUUAUAAAAUUCAACAAAAAAUUCAAUGAUCUAGCAAAUUUGCCAUUAAACAAUGUUUUUAUGGAUGGCAUGAAGCCUCUAUUAUUAACAAUCAUAGGUAGCUUACAAGAUUAUUGUGGUAAUACAGAUAUUGCUUCAAAAUAUUAUUACAUGUUUUUUACCACUAAAGAAAGUAAUAAAUUUAUUGAUAUUGAAUGGCAAUGUUUAAUAGAAGACAAUUUUAAAUUGAUUCCUCUACAUUUGCACAAAUGCUCCAACCGUCAAACACAAUUAAAUACAUUUUUAACAACAUUAAAUUGCAAUGAAAUAUUAGAAAAUGCUUGGCUUCAAUGGGCAACAUUAAUUGAACACAAUUUUAAUCAGUUAUCUAUUAAAGAUGUAAAUAUUGCGUUAUCAGCUAUUAAAUGCUACAUUAUAGCAUCUACGUUUACUACUAAUAUUAAAUGUAAUAUUGUAAUAGCCAGAAUUUUAUGGCUUUUAACGUACGAUGAUAAUAAGUAUACAUUACUACGCGCUUUUGAAAAUUGUAAUUUUUUAUUUUCUGAUAUAUGGCUUCCUCAAAUGCUAAAUACCUUUGUGGAGAAAAAUAUCAAAGCCAUUGAUAAAAUUAUUUCCAAGAUUGGACAAUGGUAUCCACAACAAAUGUAUUUGAUUUUGAACAGAAUGUACCUUACUGAAAAAAUGAAUAAAACAAUGGAAACUAUGUCCGCAAAUAAACAGACAACAGAUGAUGUUCGAAAAAAAACAUACCAAAUGUUAAAAAUUGAUAAGAUCAAACAAAUGAUGACUUUGAUGCAGAAGUGUAAUUUAGGUAUAAUUCAAUUGGACUAUUUUGUUGAUCAGAUAACUUCAUUAGGAGAAAGUUGGGAUGAAGAACUACGUCGAAAAUUAUAUGAGUGCUUAUACCUCAGUUAUGAUUUUGGAUUUGAGAAUAAAAAUUUGAAUGUACGAGUUCCAAGAAAAAUUUCAAAUUUUAUUAAAACCAUAGUUAUUUCGUUUGUUGCUGAAGAUGUGAAUACAAUACAAUUGCAAAUGAAGAAAACCUUUUUCGUUCCGGAUUGUUUGUCAGAAUUUUAUCCAUUCUUCAAGCAAAAGUUUUCUUCAGAUUUCAGCUCUAUUUCAGUUCCUACUAUCAAACUGAUGAUAAUACAACUAAGGAAAUGGAUCAAGUACAUAGAAGACAAAUCUAAAUAUCCUGCGAGAUUUGUUCAUCAUUUCCGAUGUCCCACAAUCCACCAAUUUGAUUGGUCUGUGAUAAGGAUACCCAGUGACCAUUAUAUCAACGAUUCUUCUUUGGCUGUCAGAAUCCAUAAUUUCAGUGGUCAUGUACAUCUUAUUGACAAAAAUGGCACUGUUGUUAAACAGUUGUCUAUUCGUGGAACCGAUGGUCAUAUAUAUACCUAUAAUGUUUCAAAAGGCCAGGCAAUUGAAUCCGAAGAUAGAAUUUUUCAAUUAUUCCGAGUAGCAAAUAGUUAUUUGCUUGAUUUUAAAGAAACUGCUAAGAGAUAUUUAAAGUUCUCUAUACCAAAUACAUUCACAAUAGGUCCGAAUUUAAGAAUGGUUGAAACUAAAAAGAACUCAAUAUUUUCACUCUUUGAAAUAUAUACGGAAAUGAAUAAAAAGUCUAAUAAGCGAGAAACAUCAUGGAUUCAUGAAGAUAUUGAUUUUUGGUUUUCCGUAUUGAAUACGUGUAUUAUUACUGAGAGGACUAAACCUUUAACGGAAUGCCUAAUUGCAGUAGGCAACAAAUAUGGCUCUGAUGAAGUGUUGAAGAAUUGGGUUACAUCGAUAUACCCAUUGCCAUCGGAUUAUUGGACAUUUCGCAAAACUUUUGUUGAACAUUACUCACUACUUUGUUUCUUUGAGUAUGCCUUUAACCUUAUCAAAUUGAAGCCCGAGAUGCUGAAUAUUGACAAAAGUAAUGGAGUGGCUGUUGCUUUAUACUAUACAUUUAAUAUGAGUGAAGUCCAUGGAAACUUAGUUCAAAAUCAUAUAAUACCUUUUCGCUUAACACCAAAUUUGACAAAGUUUAUUACACCUUAUCGUAAAUAUCAAAUGAUAAAUUGCUUAACUGUAACUGGCCAUUGUUUAACCAACAGUAUUGAAGAUAUUAGUGUUGUAAUAAAAUUAUUAUUGAAGGAUGAAUUUAUGGCUAAUUAUAAUAUUAAAACUCACAAGAAAAUAUCAAGGAAUGAAGAACACAUGUUUGAAAUAGUUGAUGAAAACUUAAAGUAUAUAUUGAAAAAUUUCAAUAAACUAAAAAAUUCUUCAAUACACAACCCAAUUCCUGAUCUCCUAUACCAAGCUUUCCAUAAAGAAUUAAUAUGUUAUGAAAGUCCAACGUGGCGUGCCUGGUUGUAA